AUGGUGAAAAGGAUGUUGAUGGGCAGUGGGAUAUGCGAUGGAGGGGUAACAGGCGCAUUGGGAAGGUUACGCGAUGUCCCUCGAUCCGCUGCAAAGGAAGGCAAAGACACCUUAGCAUCGUACCGUGCCAAUCCAGGCAAGGAACCAAUGAUGAAAUCCCGUCCCUGCGAGGCUGGGCGGGGCCGUCCAAGAGUCUCAGGAAACCUGCUUAACGACGGGAGCAUCGAGAAAAGAUUCACUGGUCUUUCCGCGCGACCGGUUUUGGUCCGCUUCAUGUCGCCCCCCACCUCUUCGCGUCGAAACACAUUUGCGGACGGGUUCGCUCUGUACCUGAUCGCAACCGGCCAUGGCUCGUCUGCCUAUCGGAAUCGCGAACCAGAUAUCGUUUCCCCCCCCCCAAGAGAACUAGCCAACAGUGACCGUAAUAUCCACCCCCCGGCGCACGGCCAACUCCCAACGCGCAGUGACAUCAUCUCGAUUUGCGUCCUCGAUGCUCCAGAUCCCGGCGGAGGAAGUAGAGAUCAAAUCCCCUCGCCUGGGCGCCACGAUGGCGGCCGCUAA